AACUCGAAAUAGCCAAUAAGGAAAACAAAAAUAUAAAAUUACUGGUUUAUUUGAAACCACUACAAGUCAUAAAAUAAAAAUAAUAGAAAUCAAUAGAUUUCAAGUGAGAAAGUUUGUUAGAAAAGUGUAUUUAUUCAAAAAAUAAGAGUGGCUUUGAAGCAUUUUAAGGAAUUUUAAAUCUAGCAGCAUCAAUUCUCUACAGCUGAAACCGUCUAAACUUUUGUGUGUGUUUAUGGAAACUUAUUAAGCAGCCGAUUGCUGAGUGAAUUGCUGCCUUUGGAAACUAUGAACGAACCUGUAAAGAAUGGAAAAGAUGCUGGUCAUCAGCUGGAGUCUUCAACGUAUGAACCUGAAAAGUUUGUUGAGGAGGAACCUCUGAGUUGGAGAUUUUGGCGUAAACGUCGUUAUAUAGUGGUUUUGUUGGCUUUCUUUGGUUUCUUCAAUGUCUACUCGCUGCGUGUGAAUUUAAGUGUGGCCAUUGUGGCCAUGACAGAGAAUCGUACUGUUAUCGAUGAGAAUGGCAUUGAAUCGUGGGAACAAGAUUUCCCCUGGGAUCCUAAGCAGAAGGGUCUCAUUUUAAGUUCAUUCUUCUAUGGCUACAUAUUGACACAGUUUAUUGGCGGUUUUAUUGGAGCUAAAAUUGGUGGCAAUUUGGUAUUUGGUAUUGGUAUCGGUACAACCGCCAUUUUGACCUUAUUCACACCCUUGGCAGCAAAGCACAGUUUGGAAAUGUUGCUGGCAGUGCGUAUUAUCGAAGGCAUUUUUGAGGGUGUUACCUUUCCUUGUAUACACGCUGUAUGGUCCCGUUGGUCUCCACCUUUAGAACGUUCGCGUAUGGCCUCCAUAGCCUUUGCUGGUAACUAUGCUGGUACUGUCAUUGCCAUGCCUUCGUCAGGUCUCUUGGCCUCCGCUUAUGGCUGGGAAAGUGUAUUCUAUGUAUUUGGUGUCAUUGGCUGUAUUUGGUUGGUGUUGUGGUUGUUAAUUGUACGUUCGGGACCCGAUAAGGAUCGUUACUGUUCGGACGAUGAACGUAAUUAUAUUGAGAAGACAAUUGGCACUGUGGGACACCAAACAAUCAAGCAUCCCUGGAAGGCCAUAUUUACCUCAUUGCCAUUCUAUGCCAUUGCGGUGUCUCACUUUUCGGAAAAUUGGGGUUUCUAUACUCUGCUAACACAGCUGCCAACAUUCCUUAAAGAUACCUUGAACUUCAACUUGGAUAAAACUGGUUUUAUAUCAGCUGUGCCAUAUCUAACCAUGGGAAUAUUGUUGGGUGUUUCGGGCUAUUUGGCCGAUUGGCUGCAAGUCAAGGGUUAUUGGACCACCACACAAGUACGUCGUAACUUUAAUUGUGGUGCUUUCUUGGCGCAAACUGUUUUCAUGGUACUCACGGCCUAUUUGUUGGAUCCCACCUGGUCUGUGGUUUGUAUAACCAUAUCUGUGGGUUUGGGUGCAUUUGCCUGGUCGGGCUUUGCCGUAAACCAUUUGGACAUUGCUCCCCAACAUGCCAGUGUUUUGAUGGGCAUUGGCAAUACAUUUGCCACCAUACCCGGUAUUGUUAGUCCCAUGCUUACCGGCUAUUUGGUGCAAAAUCAAACCAGUGAAGAGUGGAAGACUGUAUUCUUUAUAUCUGCUGGCAUUUAUCUCGUAGGCUGUGUUAUCUAUUGGAUGUGGGCUUCGGGCGAGCUGCAGGAGUGGGCCAAGUCCCCCGAACAAAAGGCUCUCGAAAUGACAAGACAAAAGGCCGUCACGGAGGGCUAUGUCAACGAAGCUUUGGAGUGCAAAGACGAAGCUAAAGAAAAUCAUAGUUAAUUAUACACACAAACACACACACCCAUGUAGUAUGUAGUUUAAAGAAUUUCCUUUUGUAAUAUUCAAAAACGAUGUAACGCAUAAAUAUCUAUUGUACAAAUGUAUGUAAAUAUGUAUCUAUGCCACUAGAAAAAGUAUUGUAAAUAAUCAUUUUAUAUAUUUUAAGUAAUUAAAAACAGAAUUUAUUGGUUUAAAUUUUAUAUUUACUCAA